AUGAGCCGGGCCAAGGGCCGCCGCUGCCUUGGUUGCGGCCCCCGAGGUGGCCUCGCGCGCGCCCUGGUCUCCUCGCCCCUGCGCAACACUCCGUCCUCCGGCGAGCGGAGCCUGCAGCGCAACCCGCGCCUCCUGCCCAGCCGCUGCUAACCCGAGCGAGCGAGUUCUCGACCGCGGGGUCUGCUGGCCGCUCAGUGCCUCGGGGGAGGCGGAACCGUGGUCCCCGGAGCCCCGGCUCCGCCCCCCUACUCUCCAGCUGCCACCCGGGCGCCGGGUGGCAAUGGGGGCGCUGCUGGCGCUCUGCCUCCUCGUGGGCUUGUUGAGCUGGGGCCCAGCGGGCACGCAGCAGCCUGGGGAAUACUGCCACGGCUGGGUGGACGCUCAAGGCAACUAUCACGAGGGGUUCCAGUGCCCCGAGGACUUUGAUACGCAGGACGCCACCAUCUGCUGCGGCUCGUGUGCGCUGCGCUAUUGCUGCGCAGCAGCAGAUGCCAGGUUGGAGCAGGGCGGCUGCACCAACGACCGAGGAGAGCUGGAGCAUCCCGGUAUCACGGCGCAGCCUGUCUACGUCCCCUUCCUGAUCGUCGGCUCCAUCUUCAUCGCCUUCAUCAUCUUGGGCUCUUUAGUGGCUAUCUAUUGUUGCAGCUGUUUGAGACCCAAGGAGCCCGCCCAGCAACCAAUCCACUUCUCCCUCCGCAGCUAUCAGACGGAGACCUUACCCAUGAUCCUCCCCUCCAGCAGUCUCAGAGCACCCUCCAGGCAGUCCAGCACGGCCACCAGCUCCAGCUCCACAGGAGGCUCUGUCCGAAGGUUCUCCUUUGCCAGGGCUGAGCCAGGCUGCCUGGUACCCUCGUCACCCCCACCUUACACAACUGGCCACGCCAUACACCUAACCCAGCCGUCCGGUUUCCUGGUGUCGCCCCAAUAUUUUGCAUACCCUGUCCAGCAGGAGCCCCCUUUACCUGGGAAGAGCUGUCCAGAUUUCAGUUCCUGUUAACGGUGGUGCCUACAAAUAGGCCAUACAGAGAAAUGGCAGCCAGGUGGAGUGUUGCCCUCCUGGCUAAGCCACGCCCACUUCUGAGGAGAUUUGGGGCAAUCCACCGCAAGCACGGAAGAAAGGCCCAAAAAGACACAGCACUUUCUGCACAUGAGGCCCUUGGCUACAGACACAGGCAGUCUGACUUUGCAAAUGUGCCGAACAUGACAACUUUUCCACCUUUUGUUAAAAGUAUCCGGUGGUUUGAUGUUCAGUUUGCAAACUGAAGGAAAAUAUUUUUACUGGACAAUUCAGCUAUCCUUUGUAGAAAAGUGCCCUGUGUUCCUUCUCCUGCGUUUAUUGAAUUAUAGUACAGACAUAUACAUAAAUAAGGAAGAACAUACACUUAAUUGUAAUUAUAAAGGUUCACUAAAAAAUUAACUGUUAAGUAAACUUGAGGGGCCAGUGAACCACCUAUUUAUAAUUUUGGGUGCAACCUAACCGUAACUAAUAUUAGUAUGAUGAGAAUAUUUACUUCUUAAAUUAAUAACAAAUUUUGCUUAAAAUAUGAGUUUUGUUUUUCCAAAACUACAAGGUGUCAGUAACAACAUGGGAAGCCUAAAGUCUUAAUUAUAUACUCAC